AUGGAUGCUGUCUCUCGUCCUCUUAGGCAACCUGCGUCGUCUCCUUUCUCAAGGCUGCCGGACGAUACGCUAUAUGCGGUAUUCGAGUUGCUACGAAGCUGGAUAUGCUUUCCGGGAGAGUCGGAUGACGUCCCUUACGACCCAUUGCCGGAUAGGAUAAAAAAGGGCCAUGCUGCGGCCAUCAUCGCACGCAAGUCCAACCUCCCGUUGUGGACGCUCCCCAUCGUCCUGUCCUCAGUCUGCUCUCGGUGGCGCGCUUUCGCCAUUGGCUCGCCGCGUCUCUGGAGCUUCAUUCGCAUCACCGGGACAUUUCCGAACAGAAUGAUGAUGAACGCCUUCCUUGAGCGGUCUCAGGACAUCCCGCUCUCAAUCCUCCUCACCAAACCAGCGGCUCCUAUUGACAGGAACGCGAGCGUACCCAACCCUGUCUACGGUCUUCUAGCUUUAGCGAGCGAGUUGGCCGAUGUCUCCACACGUAUUCUGGAACUGGGCGUCGUUCUUCCCCAAGACCCUGCACGAAUCCUCCUUGAAGCCCUCAACGACACGCCGCUACCCCGAUUGCAGAAGCUGUGGUUGGACGCUGGCCACGAGGGUAGCGAAAAGCGUUUCUUCAACCAACUGCUCAACGUCAACCUUAUGACAGUGCGAACUCUGCACGCAAGGCAAUUCGCGAUAACAUGGAUGCCCUUCGAGGGCCUCGUUCGCUUGGAGCUCUCAUCCGGGCCCGCACCUACUUUGCCGGCUCUGUUGUACACGCUAAAGCACAGCCCGCAACUGGAGGUCCUGCAGCUCCGUGUUCCUGCUCUGCAAAAGAGCGAGACCGUCCCCCAUGGGCAGCCACCCAUCGAGCUCGCGCUCCUCAAAGAGCUGCUCCUAAGCGUCGAGAAGAGCGACCCCGGCGCAUUCGGGAUACUCCCUCACAUCUCAUUUCCAUCCACGACGGAGAUAGACAUCCACUUCACGGGGCGUCCCCCAUCCUGUCUGUACGAGAACUGCGAGUCUCUCCGCCAGAUCGCCGCCUCCGUAGCGGACGCCAGCAUCUUCGUGGACCUCGUGCGCGGCGUGACGAUCGAGUCCGACGACCCCGUCCUCACCGUCGACUACGGCGUCAAGUUCGUCGACUCCCACCAGCAGUUCCACCCCCGCCUCCACGCCGGCCUCCUCGCCGUGCCCCUCCCCGCGCUCGCGCACCUCUCGCUGUCCAUCCCGCUAUUCACGGAGGACGGCAUCUUGCAGUGGCAAUUCGGCCCGCUGUUCUCGGCCAUCCCGACGGUCACGCGUCUUACGCUCGCGGUCCACGUGAAGUACACCCAGCACGUCGCGACGGCGCUCAGCACGCAGGAGGUCGUCGCGGACGGCGGGAAGCGCAUGCGCUGCCAGUCGCUGCGGCGGUUGACAUUCGUUUGGUGUGGGGAGGAGCAGCCGUCUGUGGACGACUUUUGGCUCGUGGAGAGGUGCUGCGCAGCGCGUGCUGCGGCUGGGGUUCGGAUUGAAACGCUGGAGACGACCGUGGCGGUCCCGGAGCUGGUGAUGGGCAGCCUGCUACGGUCGAUCGAGAGCGUGGUGGUGCUGGAUGACUAUUGA